UUAAGAAGAAAUUUCUUGUCUCCGUGUUUCAUACGAGUACAUUCCGUAGGAACAUUUUUUUAAACAAAACUUCUCUGUUUCUGCUUUAUUGAAAUCUUCCAACUAUAAAAUACAUCCUGAGUCCAUCAUCUUUUGAUCAAUUAGAACGAUAUCAGAAUAGAAGUCAUUAAAGAAGAAGAUAAACAUUAAAAAGAAGAAAAUAAUUUGUUUUUGAGAAAUUUUGCUCUGAUUUCUUGAUCCUGAAGAUUGAAAUGGCAUCAAAUAGUGAAGCAAGGCCUCUGCCAAAAUUCGGAGAAUGGGAUGUGAAUGAUCCGGCGACGGCAGAGGUAUUCACUGUUAUAUUUAGUAAAGCCGGCGAGGAUAAAAAAACAGGUCGUAGCUCCAGCAAGGCACCUUCACAGAGGAAACAAGACGGCGUUAAACCAACCAAGAAAUGGCUCUGUUUUACUUUUUCUUGAUUUCCUCUAAAUUACUUAAAACGUUUGAGAAUAGCAUUGAGAAACAUCUGUCUUAGAACCUUUUAUCAUUUGCUUAGCAUUUCUCUUUAUAAGAUGUUGCAGAGACGAGAAAGUAGAUAGCUUCUUGUAUAUCUUGUUUGAUGUUUAAUGUUAUGUUUCGUUUGAAGCUUAAGACUAGAUUUUGACAA